AUGAAAUUCUUCGCCGUCUGCUUCUUCGCUGUUGUGGCCGUGGCUGCUGCCAAGCCCGGAAUUGUGGCUCCUCUGGCCGCCGCUCCUCUGGCUUACACCGCUCCGGCUGUGGUGGGCAGUGCCGCCUACGUGGCUCCCUACGCCUCCAGCUACACCGCCCACUCGGUCGCCCACAGCGCCGCCUUCCCAGCUGCCUACACUGCUCCAAUUGCCGCCGCCUACACCGCUCCCAUCGCUGCUCCAGUGGCCGCCGCUUAUACCGCUCCAGUGGCCGCUGCCUACGCCGCUCCUGCCGCCUAUACCGCUGCCUACACCGCACCCAUUGCCCGUUAUGCCGCCACCCCCUUCGCAGCUCCCAUCGCCGCCCCCGUGGCUGCCGCCUACACCGCCCCCAUCGCCGCCGCAGCUCCCCUUCUGCUGAAGAAGUAA